AUGGACCCGUUAUCUCUCACAAACGACGAUUUGACUGAAUUACAAGAACAAGUGUUUUACAAGUCACCUUCUUUAUCUGUCAAACAAGAGUAUGGUUAUAAGAAUUGGUGUCGAACAGUUGACUACGACCGUACACUUCACGUGGAUGUGCAUGAUACAAAAACAAUAUGUGAAAUACUAAAAAGAUUAAAUAAACUAAAUCAAGAACGUGCAAAAGCAAAAAAGAACAAGUUUAUACUACGUGCAGCUGCUGGUUGUAUUGAAAAAAGUCGAGAACGUAUUAGUGCUUUCUCUAAUAUACUAUCUGAUACCAAAUAUCAGAAUUCAUUUUCGGUCUCACCAUGUGUUGAAGCUCAUGUCAUUUUACAUUUGGCUGGUAAGGAAUUUGAUAAAAUAAAUAUAAAUGGCGAACUGGUGACAGUUGGUGCCAAUGUACAAAUCGGUCAAUUAGAAGCCAUAUUAUAUAAAAGUAAACCAAGCUUAUCUUUACCAGCAUCUCCACUUAUUCCUUGGGUAACACUCGUUGGUUUAGCAGCAAAUGCUGGGCAUGGUACUGGCUUAAAUCAACCAGCUAUAACUGGAUUAAUAGAAAGUAUUACGAUGAUCAAAGCAAAUGGACAAUUAAAAAUUAUUACAAAAGAUGAUCCGGAUUUUGAUGUUAUUAAUGGUGCUCAUUUAGGUCUGUUUGGUUUAGUAACAGAAGUAACUAUUAAAUGUAUACCUGCAUGUAAAUUAAAAGCAACAAAAUAUGCAUGUAGUUUAAAUGAAUUCUUUAAACAAGUAGAAGAAGAAAAAUUAUAUGAAGAAAAUGAAUAUGUGUCUGUCAUGUAUGUACCAACUUAUCAUGAAUUAAACGAGGAAAAAGAUCACACUAAUGUUAACAUUGUCGUAGCUAAACAAGUACCAAUUGAGACACAAGAUUUAAAUUGGAGUGAAGUAAUACAAGCAGUUGAUGAUGAUCAGCAGGUUUUAGAAAUGGAUCUAUUUAAUAGGUGGCGGAUUCCUUAUUUGUUACGACUUAUACCAAGUGCAAUUCCUUGCAUGAUGAAGUUUAUUGUUUCAAAGAAAGUAGGUGUAAAGGGAGCUGCGCCCGUCGAAGCAAUAGGACCUUUCUACCAGCUCGCCCAUUAUCAACGUCAGUUUCCUAGGAUAUUGGAUGAUAUUGAUUUUUUAUUUCCUAUUAAAGAGCCGAAACAGAUGUUAACAGCACUUAAUAAGAUCAUAACAACAUUAGAAAAGUAUCGUGCUCAAGGUCAUUAUCCAGUAAACGAUGCUAUUUACAUACGUAUGUUUAAAGGUACAAAUGGAGGUUUAUCAACCAGUUCACAUCAGCAAGAUGAAUAUAUAGCAGCAAUAGAUAUCGUCACGGAUCCAGAAGUACCACAUUAUCAGUUGCUACCAGAAGAGAGAAGAAAUGGUAUACCUAACCAAUUUAAAGAAGAAAUUCAGCAAUACUUUAUGGAUCCGAGUAACAACCUUCAUGCGAAACCACACUGGGGAAAAGCAUUGCCUCUGAACACAAAUUAUGCGAUGUUGUAUGGUGAUAAUUUUAAACAAUUUAUGCGUGUAGCGAAAAAUUGGUACAAAGAUGCCGGGUGCACGUUUGCCACAAGUCCAUUUAUGAAUCCAUUCUUUGAACGAAUUUUCAACAUAACAGCCAAUGAACCAAGACGAGAGACGCAGUUAAAUGAACUGAGUAGAAACAUACCUGAAAAAACAACGUUUUUGUCGGCUACCAAUAAGACAAAAAUCGUGAAUGACCACGAGUUGAACCACCUACAAAAUUAUCUGAAUGAAUUAGAAAAAGAUCUGGUGAUGGGACGGCACAUUGGUCAAGCAGAACCAUUACUUUAUAACAUGCCAACAACUGUUGAUAAUUCUCAAGCUGACAAGAAUGAAAAUAAUUGUCCAUAUAUUUGCUUAUUUAGUCGUGCUGGAGAUCCUGAUAGUCAUUGUAAACAACAACAACAAAUUCGUUCCACCGCUGAAAACUUCGUUCAGGAAGUUAGAAGAGCAAUAGUAGCUGCUGCCAAAAAGAAUCAAGCUGCUAAAAUUGCUUCAAAUUCAAAACAGAUUCAAGAUAUAAAUCCAGUUAAUAUCCAUAUUGAAUAA